AUUUUUCAAUUAUCUUAUUUUAAGAGAAGAUAUUUUAACAAAAUGGAGACUGAAGGUUUAUCGGGAGGCCUGUAUGAUAAUGAACAAAUGAAACUUUUAGAACAGGAUUUUUCCUCGGAAUUUGAACAUAUGAAAGAAGAAAUGGAUGAGCUGGAAGAUGAAAUUGAAAGAUAUUACCAAGAGAAAGCUGGAGAGGAUCGUGAAGGAUCUAUCCGUGAGCCUAGUCUGAUCCUCUGCUGGUUUAUUGUCGGAGUUGUAACAGUUUACGUUAUAUUCCUUGGAUUUCAGGGGACUGUUCCCAGUAUUAUCAAGGAUGAAUUAUGAUAUUUUAUUGAAAACUAAAUUUUUAUUAAUAUUUACCAGGGGUUUAUAUUUGGGUGAAAAUCAUAUCAAUGAUACCCUUUCUCAAAAAUCUUUCUUUCUCAAGCUCAAUUUGGUAAACAAAUUAUUUCAUAAAAAAAAUACAUUUUAUGGGGCAAAAUUUGUCUUCAAGAAAUCUUGUAAAAUCAUUACAACUUCCAACUUAUACAGAAGAAGGGGGGUAUAAAACAAAGUUAUAGCCCUACUUUUGAUGUAUUCUUUUAUUAAACGUUAAAGAACUGAGCCAAAGAUUUAUUUCACCUUUAUCUGAAACAUUGUGUUAAUGUUCAUUUGUAGUCUGGAUAAAAACUGAUCUAAAAAUAUGACAAAAUGAUCAAGAAUUAAUCAUGAUGCUUUACAUGAAACAAAAUGUUUAAAAUUUUAUCACUAUUUUGCACAACCUUACAAUAUCUAAAAUUGACCCAAAGUCUCAAAAAAUGUGUUACCUUGACCCGAACUAUACAAUGCUGACUUUCUGACUAAACUAAUUUCAGAAAUAUAAACAACAUGGCAGGUGUAGCAGCUAAAGCGUUUACCGGGCUGACCGGACUUAAAGUAGCAGUGAACCCUACUCACACACUCGGAGUAUUGUACAGCAAGACACUGCGUGCGCUUGCAAAGAUGCCUGCUGAGUACCCGUACAGGAAGCAGACUGAAACCCUGGUUGUUCAGAGAGCAGAUAUUAUCAAGAAUACUCCAACUAUUAUGGAGGCCGAGCAAAAGAUUGGCAUGGGACAAAUAGAAGAAGUAAUUAUUCAGGCUGAGAAUGAGUUGGUUCUGGCGAGAAAUAUUCUUGAAUGGAGAGCUUGGGAGCCCCUGGCUGAGAAGGCCCCUAAGGAUCAGUGGAAGUGGCCCCUGUAAACUGUAAAUUUAGUCCUUUCCCACCCAAUAGCGUCAGCUGAACAUUUUUUGACGUUAUUAUUAUAGUUUAUUCUAGUUAUGUUUAUUUCAGAA